CCAAUACAUAACAUGCUCGACUUCCUUCUUGCCUUCAACUUUCUCCUCCUCGUCAAAUUCAUCCGGACUUGCUUACUUUCCGAUAACAAUUGAGACUCUUGUUAUGUAACUUGGUUACUUGGCAGAGACAAUAGCAAUGAGAUGAUAUCAAGUGGGGUUUAAGGGUAUUGCCAUCUCAAUUUCCCAUAAAGGGUUUGUAUAUUUGCAGUGUAUUUGUUUCAAGCAUGGCAUCAAGUCAUGGUAAUACUAAUACUCACACAGAAGCUGCAAAAAUGGAACAAAUUAUUACUGAAUUCUUUGCUAAAAGUCUCCACAUUAUACUGGAAUCAAGGUCUUCUUAUAUGUCGUCUCGUAAUUUUAGUGGUGAACAAGUUGUAUCAUCUCCAUCUUCAUCUUCAUCAUCCUCUUCUGGUGUAAGGCCGCGAGAUAAAUGGUUUAAUUUAGCUCUUAGGGAAUGCCCAGCUGCUCUUGAGAAUCUUGAUAUUUGGCGACAAAGUAAUUUGGAACCUAUGAUUGUGGAUGUUAUUCUGGUUGAGAGGCCACUUGACUGGGAUCCUCUGAAUACUUCCCCAAGAAAAGAUUUUGGUAGGAAUUGGAAUUUUGAUCAGGAAGAAUUAGGAUGUGAGGUUAAGAGUGGAAAGAUCAUAGAGAGAUGGAUAUUGCAAUAUGAGAGUAGGAGGUCAAAGGACAGUGGUUCAGGGAGUAGGAGAUCAGGCAACACUUUGCAUGUAUUGUACAGGAAAUCAGUGUUGCUUUUGAGGUCUUUGUAUUUGACCGUUAGGCUUUUACCUGCAUAUAAAAUUUUCCGUGACCUGAACUCAUCUGGACUGAUUCGGUCAUCUACUCUUACUCAUAGAGUAUCUUCUUUUGUUGAUCCAUUUAGUCGUAAAGAAGAGGCAGAAAUGCAACGAUUUAGUUUCACUCCUGUGGAAACUUCUUGUGGGAGGCUGUGCCUUUCAGUGCUGUAUCAUUCAUCACUAUCUGAUUUAACUUCUGAAUCAUCAACCCCAGUAUCCCCUCAAUUUAUUCCUGAUUAUGUUGGGAGCCCAUUGGCUGACCCAGUGAAAAGGUUCCCCUCCCUUCCUGUGUCACAUGGUUCUCCAUCAUCUUUGCCAUUCUUAAGACGUCACAGUUGGAGUUUUGACCAUUAUAAAGCCUCUCCAGCUUCGUUUUCUUUCUCACCGUCUCCUACUCAUUCAGAAUCACAUGCAUCAGUUUCUAAUCCAAGUUCUCAUCGCUUACUACAUACGAAUUUGCCACCUCAUCCACCUGAGACAUCUUCAAUUCAUAAGAAGAAUAUGAGCUUUGAUGAGUAUAGUCCUUCCCCUAACUUCACACCCUCGCCAUCCCCUUCGCCACCAAUCUAUAUUCCUGGGAGUCGUCUUUCUAAGGUUCUUUUACGAUCUGAAAGUGCACCUGUAGGCAUACCUGCCUCGAAACUUGUUAGUUCUCAUGUGUUGUCCAACAAGCAAAAUUUGCCUCCAUCUCCUCCAAUCAAGGGUAUCAGAUCUAGUAUUCCAAAGACUGAUAAAAGUACAGGUUUUGUUCAGGCUGGUGCAUCAGGUGAAAAGUUUUUAUCUCUCGGGAAAGAUGAUGUUAAAAGGUAUUCCGGGAUGAAGAUAUCAUCCAACAGCUCUACGCAUGUUUCAUUUUCUAGAAGUCCCAGCAGGUCUUUCCCGGAUGAUUUUGAUGAUUCUGACUUUCCUUGUCCAUUUGAUGUGGAGGAAGAUGUUAUGACAGAUCCUGGUAGCAGGCCUGGAUCAUUUGAUCAAAAGGGCCAUUUGUGUGAUCCACUCGAGGCCGGAGGAUUAUUUCCAGUCAGAAAAUCACAAGAUGCUGCUGUUGGUGCUCUUGUGCGUAUGCUGAAGAAAGCACCGCCCCUAUGCCAAGACUUCUCCACAUCAGCCGAUAUGCUGCAAGACACCAGGUCUAAAUUGUGCAACAUUAGCCUCCAAGAACAGAUUCCGACCUCUGAGACGCCUGCAUUUCAGGAGGCGUCUUCGAGUAUAGCAUCUUCAGGGCUUGUUGCUUCAAAGACAACAGCUGAUGCACUGGAGGAACUCCGAGGGUACAAAGAGUUGAUGAAGGACUUGUUACUUAAUCAAGCUGGUAGGUCCAACACAUCAGCCCAGCACAUCAGCAGCUAAUGGUACGCCACUGUCACUGCCGAUUACACGGCAACCCACCAGUUGAUGUCGAAGUUAUGUUGAUAUUUGCACAUAUAUGUACAGUAUAAAUGGUUUUACAGGGAUUUUUAUGGUAUACAGAUGAAUGGUCUUUUAUUAUAUUAGCGCCCAUUUCUUUUUUUGUAUAUAUGAGGCGAUAUGAGUGAAGUUAAUACGAUGACAGAAAGGUUUAUUAGCAGAAUCUCAAUUUCCAUGUAAUUUGUAAUUAAAUCUGUACUAUGUUUAUAACUACUGGCCUCUAUGUCAUGCAUCAAUGAUAUAUAUCCUUCAAAUUGA